GAGGAAUACGGCGAAGAGGAGCUCAAUAACUUCAUCAUCCAGCUUAAUAUUCAAGAAUCCUGCCAGGAGGCUUUUCUGAAGUCUGCAGCCAGUUUAGCUGCAGCGACGGAUGAAAACCUACGCGUGCUGGCUGCCAUUGAGCAAGGUGAGGUGCUAGUGCUCAGGGAGAUGCUGGGCCACACCUUCGCCUUCAGGGAGUCGGACAGUUGUGGCUUGCUUCCCCUCCACCGGGCCGCGUCCCAACCGAUUCUGGAGGUUCUGGAAACUGUCCUGACAUUGGCAGGUCAGGGGCUCAGCCUGGAGGAAAGAGCAGGCGUGGGAGGAGAAACGCCGCUCACCCUGGCAGUGAAAGCUGGGCUGGUGCAAAACGUGAAGACUCUGCUGAAGCACGGAGCCUCUCCACACAACAGCAACAGCAAGGAUGAGUCGCCGCUGCUGCUGGCAGUGAGGGCCGGCUCUUUCGAGAUGACAUACGCACUAGUGGCUCACGGUGCCUGGGUGGAGCAGGUGUGCAGGAAGAAGUGGACAGCCAUGCACGAGGCGGCCAAGGUGGGCAACGUGGACAUCCUGAUGCUGCUGCUGAGAAACGGCGACCACGUCAACCAGAAGGAUGUGACAGGGGUGACGCCGCUCGCAGUGGCUGCAGAACACGGACACUUCCAGAUCACUGAGAUACUACUGCACUGUGGUAGCAGAGUGAACUCUCAGGCCUGUAACGGGGAAAGCGUCUUGCUAGAUGCAGCUGGAUCAGGAAACAUCGCCUGCAUUCAGCUGCUGCUGGACAACGGCGCCAACCCCAACCUACCCAGCAUUACCGGACACCUGCCCAUCCACAAGGCCGCAUACUCCGGACACUAUGAUGCUGUGAAGAUGCUGAUACCGCUGACUACUAAGAAGGCCAUUAAAGAGGCAGGUCUGAGCCCGGUCCACUCCGCAGCAGAGGGAGGCCAGAGCCGCUGCCUGCAGCUCCUGCUGGCCUGUGGCUUUGAUGUCAACUACCGCAUGAACACCAGAAACUCAGAAAACUACCGGGACAUGAGGAAGAGCGCCCUGUACUUUGCCAUCUCCAAUGGGGAUGUGGACUGCACCAAAGUCCUCCUGGAAGCCGGGGCAAAGACAGACCUAGACCCACUGUGCGGCCUCCUGGUGGCGGUCAGGUCAGGGCGCUACGAGAUCGUGAAGCUGCUGCUGAAAGCCAAAGCCGACGUGAACUGUUACUUCACAGUGGUAAGUGACACAGUGUUUCCCACAGCACUGCAGUACUGCCUGAAGGAUGAGGUGAUGAUGAGGCUGCUGCUCAACAACGGCUACAAGGUGGAGAGAUGCUUUCACUGUCACCAUGACAACGCUUUUGAUGCUGAGGAACUGUUGGAGGGGAAAAUUCCAUUCUGUGAGUUCAUGAGUCUCUGCUGUCUCAUGCAUCUGUCGGGGAACGUGGUCCGGAUACUCCUGGACUACGUCAACCACGUCAACAUCUGCUCCAAACUCAGACUCAUCCUGGAGAAACAAAAAGAGUGGCCCGAAAUAUGUGAAAUCCUCAGCAGCCCUCGCUCCCUCAGGCACCUCUGCAGACUGGAGAUCAGGAGGCGUUUGACACUGAAGAGACUCAGCAACCCUGAAAUCAUGAACUCACAUGUAUUCCCUCCCAGACUGAGGAGCUUCAUACUGUACCAGGAGCUCGACCUCUACAGCCAGGACCCUGAACGCAUCACGUGAAGAUCUCCUGCAAGAGUCCUGCUCAUUUUGGAAGGAUGUAACUUUGUAAUCUUUGUAAUCAUAACAAACUUUAUUACCAUUAUUUUACUUUACUUUUUAUAACAGAUGCCAUGUAUUCUGACAGAAUCUGGGUUUUUGUAAAUGCAAUUUAAAUACAAAAUAGGUAGGGUGGGUGGGGGGUCAACAUUUUUCUGGCCAUUUUCCAAAUCAUAUCCCUGCUCUUUGUUGUUGUUGAUGUUGUUUUGACCACAUUUGAUUCAAAAUCAAUUCUCAACUGAAAAUCAAUUACAAUGUGACACCUUUGGUCCUUGUAGAAACCUGAUGGUGACCAGCCCAUCUAGUACAGCAUUGUACACACCAGUUGGUCCUCUGAGGAUGAAUCAUAACAAUUUUGCUGCCCACUGUGACCUUUUAUCGGCCAUCAGCACCAGAAAAAAAUGGCCACUUGUUAAUCCCAUGUGCAGCUAUAAACCGAUCCUACAAAGAAAUAAACAUGUG